AUGCCGUCUUCGAAUCGCACCUCAGGUAUGGGCUUGUGGUUUGGGGAGGAACCUCCAAGGCAAACCUCCAGAGAGUCCCUAGUGCUCCAGAAAAGAGCUGUUCGCAUCCUCACUGGUCUGGGACCCAGAGACUCCUGCCGAGAGGCCUUCAAGGAACAGAAAAUCCUCACUAAAGAGCUGAAGAACAUCCAGUCGGUGGUGAAGUCGGUGGAGAACAUCCAAGCUCACGUUACAAGGUUCCUGAGAGGCAUUCCAGUCGAGGAGUUCCACGGUUUUUCAGGUGACUACUUGAUACCAGCUGGAUCUGUUCUGAGUCUCGAGAUCUUCCAAGUUCACCGAUGUCGUGACCAAUGGCCUCAGCCAGAGACCUUUGACCCUGACAACUUCCUGCCAGAACGAGUCAAGACUCGACACCCUUAUGCUUAUGUGCCCUUCAGUGCUGGUCCUCGCAACUGCAUAGGUCAGAAGUUUGCUUUGUUGGAGGAGAAGACUGUGAUUUCCUCAGUGUUAAGGAAUUUCAAGGUGGAGUCCUUGGAAAGGUUAGAGGAUAUAAAUUUGAUGAAUGAACUGAUCCUGAGGCCUGAGUCUGGCCUGAAGGUCAAGCUAUACCCCAGGUCCUCAAAGUGAAGUAGAAAACACUGAUCUUGCCUGCAGGAGUGGGAACUUAGUCGAUCAUGAAGGCUGAGAGAGAGAGAGAGAGGCAAACAAUGUGAAAAUCAUUGGUAGGGAUAAAAUGAAACAAGCUAUUGCAUUGUUGAGUGAAAUAAAGCAAUUCAGAAGACUGAAUAGUAUUAGUACUUUGACAAGGGAAGAGUUUAAAAUAGGGAUAAACCAUAACUUACUGGGUGUUCAAAUUUGUAUCCGAUAAAAUAUAAAUAAUAAUAUUUCAUUGUAAAACACACCAAAAUCAGAUUUUAGUUUAGAUUAUUAGUUUUAUAGAGAUUUCUUUAUAACUUAAUAAACAGUAGUACAGAAUAACAAUAUAUUAUAAACUAAAAAAACAUAAAUAUCAAACUGACUUUAAAACUCUGUAAUUCAUUGGGGUUAAUUUUAUUCUUCGUGAAAUUUUUGAAAACUUUACUACUCGUAUACCCAUUUUAAAACUUUGUAUAAUUUUCUCUUUGUAUAGAAUUUUGUAAAUAUUGUUUUAUAUAUAACAUUACGCAAUGACGUGUACAUUUUUGUUACUUUCUUAUUCUUUAAGUUUUAUUACACCUGUUACUGUUACUGUAUAUAGUAUUAAUCAUUAGGUUUAUUAGGUCAAUUGUUAUUUUUAUGUAACUGCUUUCACAGUAUGCUAAAAUGUUUGUAUUUAUUUUAUUUGUUUAAAUAAAUCUAUUUUAUUUUA